AUGCUUGGAGUCCUCUUUGCUGUGUUAACUCUGGCACCUGCAGCCUUUGGCUGCGGGGUUCCUGCCUACCCACCUCUUGUGUCCAGAGUUGUUGGAGGGGAAAAUGCAAGACCAUACAGCUGGCCCUGGCAGGCCUCCCUUCAGUACAAGUCCAAUGGCAAGUGGUACCACACCUGUGGGGGAACCCUCAUUGCCACCAACUGGGUGAUGACAGCUGCCCACUGCAUCAGUUCUUCUCUGACAUACCGAGUGUUUCUUGGAAAAUACGACCUAGCAGUUGAGGAAAAGGGAUCAAUUGCAGUUUAUCCAGAAAAGAUCAUUGUUAAUAAGGACUGGAAUCCACAGGAUGUUGCAAAUGGGUAUGACAUUGCUCUGAUCAAACUCUCUGAGCACGUCACCUUGAGUGACAAGAUCCAGCUGGCCUGCCUGCCCCCUGCCCAGAGCAUCCUGUCCUCCAACACUGCCUGCUACGUGACAGGCUGGGGAAGACUGCAGACUGAUGGACCCCUUCCUGAUGACCUGCAGCAAGGCCUCCUGCUGGUGGUGGAUUAUGCAACCUGCUCCAAACCUUCCUGGUGGGGAACCAUUGUGAAAUCCACCAUGGUUUGUGCUGGUGGGGAUGGAAUCAUCUCCAGCUGUAACGGCGACUCUGGGGGCCCUCUGAACUGCCAAGGGGCUGAUGGCAGGUGGGAAGUGCACGGCAUCGUCAGCUUUGGCUCCUCUCUCGGCUGCAACUACUACCACAAACCCUCCGUGUUCACCCGGGUCUCUGCCUACAUCAGCUGGAUCCAGCAGGUUAUGGCAACCAACUAA